AUGCCGGGCUACCGAGGAGGCGGUGGCGGGGCGGCCUACGGGCCCGUGGAGUUCGGGCCCGUGAGGUACGCGGUGCCGCCCGGUCAGAUGGAGGGGCUGGGAAUGCCGCCGGUGGUCUUCCCCUACGCCGUGGCGCCCGGCCAGGGCCCGGUGUACGCGUCCGUGGGGCCGAUGCCCACGCACGGCGUGCCGGACGGCGUGCCCGUGCGCGGCUUCAGCCCCUUCGGCCACGUCCCGGCCACGGGCGGCAUGGUGCGCGGGAUGGCCACGCCGGACCUCAUAAUGGAUGGUAUGGAGCGAUUGUCGCUGAACCCGAUGGCCAAGGAGUUUGUGCCGCCGGGAAUGCGGGGAGUGGCGGCAAUGUAUCCGGGGGGAAUGCAGGUGGGGAUUGGGGGUGGGAAGUUCAGUGGGCAGGCGAAGGGCAAGGGCGAGGCCGGGGCCGCGGGCGCUGGAGGCGGGGCGCAGAAUGGGAGGCUGCGGUCGAGGAAAAGGCGGUCGCGGCGGAGCCGAAACCAGCAGCAGGCGCUGCAGGAGAACAUCCGGCGGACGAUCUACAUCAGCGACAUCGACCAGCAGGUGACGGAGGAGCAGCUGGCUGUGCUGUUCAGCAAAUGCGGCACGGUGGUUGACUGCCGCGUGUGCGGGGACCCCAACUCCGCGAUGCGCUUCGCGUUCGUGGAGUUCUUGAGUGAGGAGGGGGCGCAGAAGGCGCUGAAGAAGAACGGCACGGAGAUCGGCGCGUCGCGGCUGCGGGUGCUGCCGUCCAAGACGGCGAUCGUGCCCGUCAAUAAGGACCUGAUGCCCAAGAAUAAAGAGGAGAUGGAGCAGUGCAGCAGGACCGUGUACGCGACCAACAUCGACAAGAAGGUCGACAGGAACGACGUGAAGAGGUUCUUCGAGGCGCUGUGCGGGCCGGUCCAGAAGCUCAGGCUGCUGGGCGACCACGCGCACUCCACGCGGAUCGCCUUCGUGGAGUUCAGCCAGGCGGAGAGCGCCCUGGCGGCCCUCUCUUGCAGCGGCGCCCUCCUGGGGACCAUGCCCAUCCGCGUGUCGCCGUCCAAGACGCCUGUCCGAUUCUGCGGCUCACACGACAAGGAGUGA